CCGCCAUGGUGGAGUUCGCACCCUUGUGGGUGCCGUUGGAGCGCAGGCUGCAGACCUUCGCGGUUCUACAGUGGGUCGUCUCUUUCUUGGUGCUGAGUAAGAUCUGCAUCGCCGUCUUCCUGGGCCUCCUGUUCUCGAGGUUCUGGCUCGUGUCCGUCCUGUACGCCGCCUGGCUGUAUGUGGACUGGGACAAGCCGCGCCAGGGGGGCCGGCGCGUGGAGACCUUCCGGCGCUGGAGGAUAUGGACCCACAUGAAGAACUACUUCCCGGCCUCCCUGGUGAAGACGGCCGACCUGGACCCCUCCCGCAACUACGUGGCCGGCUUCCACCCGCACGGCGUGCUGGCGGCCGGGGCCUUCCUCAGCCUGUGCACCGAGAGCAACGGCUUCGCCUCGCUCUUCCCCGGCAUCCGCCCCUUCGCCAUGAUGCUGAACCUGUGGUUCCGGGUGCCCUUCUCGGACUACAUCAUGUCGGGCGGGCUGGUCACCUCCGACAGGAGCAGCGGCGCUCACGUGCUGCGGAGGAAGGGCGGCGGGAACCUGCUCACCAUCAUCAUCGGGGGCGCGCAGGAGGUCCUGGACGCCAGGCCCGGGGCCUGCAGGCUGCUGCUGAGGAACCGCAAGGGCUUCGUCAGGCUGGCCCUGGAGCACGGGGCGCCUCUGGUACCGAUCUUCUCCUUUGGGGAGAACGACCUGUUUAAGCAGGUCAGCAAUCCUUCUGGCUCCUGGCUCCGCCGGGCCCAGAACAGGCUGCAGAAGAUCAUGAGCAUCUCCCUCCCGCUCUUCUACGGCCGCGGCGUCUUCCAGUACAGCUUCGGCUUCAUGCCUUUCCGACAGCCCAUCACCACCAUAGUGGGAAAGCCCAUCGAAGUACAGCAGAUUCCGAACCCUUCCGAGGAGGAGGUGAACCAGCUGCAUCAGAAGUACUUGGAGGAGCUGAGCAACCUCUUUGAGGCCCACAAGUCCAAGUUCAACAUCCCUGCGAACCAGCACCUGGAGUUCUACUGAGCACCCCCAACCAAUGCAGGGGUUGCCUCGAAGGACAGAAUCGGCGGUCAGGAGCCCUUUGGAAAUGCUGUGAUUGGAGGAGGCUUCCUGGAGGAGGCGUUGCUGAACCAGUCUCCAGAGCUUUCUAGACUUCUGCAACUCCAAGUGCAGCUGGCCUCGUGGGCAAGAGACAGACUCUGGCGUCUGGGACUUGAAUUCCUGUUGGAAAAGCUCAGCAGGCCGCCCCACCCCCACCCCACCCGGGCCUCUGUCUGCUUAUUUGUGGAAUGGAUAAGAGGGUUGGAAGAGAAUGAGUCCCGGGUCUCUAGUCCCUUGUAAGGUUACU